CACUACAGCAGCUGUGGCUACAGCGUUGCUCUGGGGACCAAUGGAUUUACCUGGGAGCAAAUUAAUACUUGGGAAAAGCCGAUGCUGGAUCCUGCUGUGCCCACAGGUUCCUUCAUGAUGGUGAACAGCUCUGGGCGGGCAUCUGGACAAAAAGCUCACUUGCUUUUGCCGACCUUGAAGGAGAAUGAUACGCACUGUGUCGAUUUCCAUUACUACUUAUCUAGCAGAGACCGGUCCAGCCCUGGAUCACUGAAUGUUUAUGUGAAAGUUAAUGGAGGACCCCAGGGUAACCCCAUCUGGAACGUGUCAGGGAUUGUGACAGAAGGCUGGGUGAAGGCGGAGUUGGCCAUCAGCACCUUUUGGCCACAUUUCUAUCAGGUUAUAUUUGAGUCGGUGUCUUUGAAGGGGCAUCCUGGUUACAUAGCAGUGGAUGAAGUUCGGGUCCUUGCUCACCCAUGCCGAAAAGCACCUCAUUUCCUGCGACUCCAAAAUGUUGAAGUGAAUGUGGGACAAAAUGCAACAUUCCAGUGUAUUGCUGGAGGAAAGUGGUCCCAGCAUGACAAACUCUGGCUCCAGCAAUGGAAUGGGAGAGAUACUGCCCUCAUGGUCACGCGAGUGGUCAACCACCGAAGGUUUUCAGCUACAGUUAGUGUGGCCGAUACGUCUCAGAGGAGCAUCAGCAAGUACCGAUGUGUCAUUCGCUCUGAUGGUGGCUCCGGAGUCUCUAAUUAUGCAGAAUUAAUAGUAAAAGAACCUCCCACUCCCAUUGCUCCUCCUGAAUUGCUGGCAGUUGGGGCCACCUAUCUGUGGAUUAAACCAAAUGCCAAUUCCAUAAUUGGAGAUGGUCCCAUCAUCCUGAAGGAGGUGGAAUACCGUACAACCACAGGAAACUGGGCUGAGACCCACAUCGUCGAUUCUCCCAACUACAAGCUAUGGCACCUGGACCCUGAUGUGGAAUAUGAAAUCCGAGUGCUGCUCACCCGGCCAGGCGAGGGUGGGACAGGCCCCCCAGGUCCCCCACUGACCACCAGGACCAAGUGUGCAGAUCCUGUGCAUGGUCCCCAGAAUGUGGAGAUUGUGGACAUCCGCUCCAGACAGCUGACCCUCCAGUGGGAACCCUUCGGGUACACAGUGACCCGUUGCCACAGCUACAACCUCACUGUCCAGUACCAGUAUGUAUUCAAUCAACAGCAGUAUGAAGCUGAGGAAGUCAUCCAGACAUCGUCCCACUACACCCUGCGGGGCCUCCGCCCAUUCAUGACCAUCCAGCUGAGGCUUGUGCUCUCCAACCCAGAGGGGAAGAUGGAAAGUGAGGAGCUCGUGGUGCAGACAGAGGAGGAUGUUCCUGGAGCUGUUCCACUUGAAUCCAUCCAAGGAGGGCCCUUUGAGGAGAAGAUCUAUGUCCAGUGGAAACCUCCCAAUGAGACCAAUGGCCUGAUCACUCUCUAUGAGAUAAACUACAAGGCUGUGGGCUCCCUUGAUCCCAAUGCUGACCUUUCCAGCCAGAGGGGGAAAGUCUUCAAACUUCGGAAUGAAACACACCACCUGUUUGUGGGCCUGUAUCCAGGCACGACCUAUUCAUUCACUAUCAAGGCGAGCACGUCGAAGGGCUUCGGGCCUCCCAUCACUACUCGCAUCGCCACGAAAAUCUCAGCUCCUUCAAUGCCUGAGUAUGACACAGAUUCGCCUUUGAAUGAGACAGACACAACCAUCACUGUCAUGCUGAAGCCUGCACGGUCCCGGGGUGCACCUGUCAGUGUCUAUCAGCUGGUCGUCAAGGAGGAGAGACUUCAGAAGGCCAGGAGGGCUGCAGACCUCAUUGAGUGCUUCUCGGUGCCUGUGAGCUACAAGAACGCUUCCAGCCUGGAUUCUCUGCACUAUUUCGCCGCUGAAUUGAAGCCUGUCAACCUGCCAGUUACACAGCCAUUCACGGUGGGGGACAAUAAAACCUACAAUGGCUAUUGGAACGCUCCGCUCUCGCCCUUGAAAAGUUACAGCAUCUACUUCCAGGCUUUGAGCAAAGCCAAUGGAGAAACCAAAAUCAACUGUGUUCGACUGGCAACAAAAGGAGCAUCCACACAGAAUUCCAAUGCUGUGGAACCUGAGAAACAGGUGGACAAUACAGUGAAAAUGGCCGGAGUGAUCGCUGGACUCCUGAUGUUUGUCAUUAUCCUCCUGGGUGCCAUGCUCACAAUCAAGAGAAGGAAACUAGCCAAGAAACAGAAGGAGACUCAGAGCAGCACCCAGAGGGAGAUGGGGCCUGUGGCAACAACAGACAAGGCCACCACCAAGCUGAGCACCGCUCGGAAUGAAGAAGGCUUUUCCUCCAGCACUCAGGAUGUGAAUGGAUUCAGCAGCAGCCGUGGGGAAUUGGCCCAGCCCACACUGACCAUCCAGACCCAUCCUUACAGGAGCUGUGAGCCAGUGGAAAUGUCCUACCCCCGGGACCAGUUCCAACCUGCAAUCCGAGUAGCAGACCUAUUGCAGCACAUCACACAGAUGAAGCGGGGUCAAGGCUAUGGAUUCAAGGAAGAGUAUGAGGCAUUACCUGAGGGGCAGACGGCAUCUUGGGAUACAGCCAAGGAAGAUGAAAACCGCAAUAAGAAUCGAUAUGGGAACAUCAUCUCCUGUAGGUGCAAAGAUGACCACUCAAGAGUCAGACUGCUGAUGCUGGAUGGAGACCCUCACUCAGACUACAUUAAUGCCAACUAUAUUGAUGGAUAUCACCGACCUCGUCAUUACAUUGCCACUCAAGGUCCAAUGCAAGAAACUGUCAAGGACUUUUGGAGGAUGAUUUGGCAGGAGAAUUCAGCCAGUGUCGUGAUGGUGACAAAUCUCGUGGAAGUGGGAAGGGUGAAGUGUGUUAGGUAUUGGCCAGAUGACACAGAAGUUUAUGGAGAUAUUAAAGUCUCAUUAAUUGAAACAGAGCCGCUAGCUGAGUAUGUCAUACGCACAUUUACCGUUCAAAAGAAAGGCUACCAUGAGAUCCGUGAAAUCCGGCUGUUCCAUUUCACCAGCUGGCCUGACCAUGGGGUUCCGUGCUAUGCCACAGGUCUACUGGGCUUUGUCCGGCAGGUGAAAUUCCUCAACCCUCCCGAGGCAGGGCCCAUAGUGGUCCACUGCAGUGCUGGAGCAGGGAGGACAGGUUGUUUCAUCGCCAUUGAUAUCAUGCUUGACAUGGCAGAAAAUGAAGGCGUGGUGGACAUAUUCAAUUGUGUGCGAGAGCUCCGAUCCCAAAGGGUCAAUCUAGUGCAAACAGAGAGCCACAAGCAACCAGCGGCCUUUAUUGUCACUCAGCACCCUCUUCCCAACACCGGAGCUGACUUCUGGAGGUUGGUGUUUGAUUACAACUGCUCCUCGGUGGUGAUGCUAAAUGAGAUGGAUACCACCCAGCUCUGCAUGCAGUAUUGGCCAGAGAAGACUUCCUGUUGUUAUGGACCAAUCCAGGUGGAGUUUGUAUCGGCUGACAUUGAUGAGGAUAUCAUCAAUAGGAUAUUCCGAAUCUGCAACAUGGCGAGACCACAAGAUGGGUAUCGUAUCGUCCAACACUUACAGUAUAUUGGCUGGCCUGCCUACCGGGACACACCUCCCUCCAAACGCUCCCUUCUGAAGGUCGUCCGGCGACUAGAGAAGUGGCAGGAACAAUACGACGGGAGGGAUGGACGAACUGUUGUCCACUGCUUAAAUGGCGGUGGACGAAGUGGAACCUUCUGUGCUAUCUGCAGUGUAUGUGAAAUGAUCCAACAACAAAAUAUCAUUGAUGUGUUCCACAUAGUGAAAACAUUGCGAAACAACAAAUCCAACAUGGUGGAAACCCUGGAUCAAUAUAAGUUUGUAUACGAAGUCGCACUGGAAUACUUAAGUUCAUUUUAGCCUAAUGGAACAGGAAACCCUCUGGUAUCUCAAAAGCCCUCUUUUCUCUGAAAGGCGCUAACCAGGGUAUAAGGAGUGAGAGACUGGACAGAUCCUGACACCAUAGAGAAGACUUGGGGACCCCUGUUUUCCUCUGUAGCACUUACUGCUCCAUCAAUGGUCUCUUGUUCACCCCAAGAAGCUUAGAGGCCAGAUGGGAGAGUCUCCUUUCUAAUUGCCCCAUGUCUGCAACACCAUCUUGGAUCUCCCUCACCUGCUCCUGGAGCAAUUGGAAUUUCUGAUCCCAAAGCUCUUGCUUCUUUUGUUCUUUUCAAGUUUGUGAAUCUCAUGUUACUGUCCUUUGGAAAAGCCAAACCCAAUGGAGGAGGAGACAUGGAAGGAGGGGGGCAUGCACAUCCUUUACAGCACCCUUGUCCCAUGGGGUGGAUUAUAAAGAGCACAGAUCCCUUGUGAUGCGUAAGGGAGUCAAGUCCUUUAAGGUCAUUGGUCUGCUAUCUUCUCCUUCUGGAUCCCUGGGUACCCAAAAACCCAAUGACCUGGACUGACCCAACUGGGCCAGGCCUCCACGUGCCAUUGCUGCCACAGUGCCAGACUUCAGUGCAUCCUCAGUGCAUCGUACACACACAACCUGCAUGUGGCCCUGUUCCAUUGCCAUCCCCCUACACUUUGACCUCAGCUUUCUGUCUUGUUAACAGAACCAGGGCCAACCGCAGAAUCCUGUUAAUGUUAUUUUUUGGGCUUUUGUGGACAGCUGGGGGGGUGCUCAAAAGCUUGUCAGUCCUUCUGUGUGUGUCCUAGAUUGUGCCUGCCUCUUGUGUUGCCAAUCAGGCAUCCUGACCCCUGAAACUUCAGGGGACUCCUAAGUGGUGGCCUACUGAGUUUCUGUGAUGAUGCCACCCCUGUGAAGGGGACAGAGUAUUUUUCAACAGUGUACCUGAAAAGAAAAUGAUUUUUUCAAUGUAAAAAAAAGAAAGUUCAUUUUAGCUUAGUGGAAUGUAAUAGUUUCUCAUCUCAUAAAAAUGGAAAUGUUUGAAGGAUAUGGCUAGAAGUUGUGUUAGCUGACAAUGGGGGGUUUGGAAGGUUGGGUAAUGAGUCCAAACAAGACUAGAUACAAACUGGGACCAGGAGCUAGUUUGGGUGAGUUACUUUGGCCUGUACUGUGGGUGUGCUUUGUUCCUUUUUAUAUCAAAUUCUUUUCUAAAUAGCUACUACAAAGUAGAGGGAGGCCAGAAGGAGGCAGGGCCUAUGGCCUGCUGCCAUCUUGGUAAAGACAAUAUAUGGUUAUCAUUAGUCCAUUUGCUUUCUGGCCUGGUAGGGCAUGGAAGGGAUCAGCUCUGAGCCCCAAGUACAGGGUAGGCCUCUUGAAGAUCUUUUGUUCUCAGUUUUUAAUUUUUAAAUCUCCAGAGGUCUGAUAAUGAUGUCAAGAUACAUUGUUCCUCAUAAACAAAAAGAACAGAAAUAACCCCAUAUGCUUCUGAUUUGAAUAUCUUAUAAAAUGAAAAGCCAUUUCCCUUUUCCCUCCUGGUGCCAUUAACUUGGCUGACUCCCAGUUUUCUAGUUUGGUGGCCCCCCCGGAUCCUGGGGAAGCAGCAAGCUGUAGUGUGCUUUUUGUGUAA